ACUUUGUCAGCCUUUGUAUUAAGCAUUUUUGAAAAAACUUAUUUUUUUUUAAUUUUUUCCAAUUUCUUAGCGUGGUUGACGUGUAAAUUUGGAUUUAAUUUUUUUUUGUGCGUUAAUCAAAAGAAUCGACACAUAUCAAUGCUUAAUUAAAAAAAAAGCUUUUAUUUUGAUUUGAAUUCUAUUUUUUUAAUGUUUACAUUUCGCAUUCUUCAUGACUUGAGUCUACUAUUUUUUUAGCGUCCGUUCAAGUGCUGAGUGUUUUGAUACCCGUUAAUAGGCUAUAGUGUACACAACUCGUUUGAAAACAUUUCAUUUUUUUUAAAAGAUGUCUUGUUUAAAACCUGUGACACAAUCAGCACCCUAUGGAUCUCUAAGAUUAAAACGUCAAAGGCCUACGAUUAUUUCCGAGGAUGGGUUAGCGGAAAGCACUGGGGAUUCUAAAAGUUUAGUUAAAGUAUCACAGUGCUCAUCCAAUCUGGCGGACAUUUUACCAGCUGUCAUACCAAAAGUGUGUCCUACUCAACUGCCUAACAUCGAUCAAGCUUGCUUUAAAGAGAAAAGACGUAAAGGUUCUUCAUAUUUAUCAGAUACAGCUGAUUCCAUGUCUCCCAUUUUAUGUGAAAAAGAUCACAAAGUGCCCUGUGAAUCCUUCACUACAAACCAUGUCAAGGCACCCAAAAAACCCUUGCUAAAAAAUGCUUCUUUAAAGACCUCAUCCAACGUUUCAGUAAAAAAAGAGAACGAUGAUGAAAACGAAUGUAAAUCGUCUCAUUCCGAUUCAAGCGACGAUGAAGACAAUCUUUACAAAUGUGUUGUGUCGACACGAGAAUCUCAAAGAGAUACAAAACAGCAAUUAAUUGCAAAGUUGUUGUGUAGAUGGUGGUAUGUUAUGGAUCCUUGGCCGCCGGAAAAUUAUGACUAUGACGCUGAGCUCGCACGACGAAAAUAUAAAGUUGUUCCUUUGCAUCAGUGGGAAGCUGCUGAUGAUGUCGACUCGCAAGGCUUCACUAAAGUGUACCCUUUACCUUAUUUUUUAGUGUACCGAGAUCCUAACGGACGUCCUGUUGAUGUUCGACCUCUCAAGGGAAAACCCUGUUAUUCUUCUAUGAAGACACUAUCACAAUUAGAAUUAACCCAACUCUUAUAUGAUGCUAUUAAAAAUCAAUUAUCCAAAUUGGAAAUGUCUCCUUAUGCGAAUACCGAAGGCGAUACGAUUGAACGUCUUAAAAAUGAAUUACAAGAUGAAUUAAAAGUAUUAGCUCUUAGUCUUAAAAAAAUACACAAGGAUUCCAACAAACCUUGCAAUUAACAAUACGGGUAGAAAGGUUUGAUACAGUGAGACGGUUGACGGUCAUUGGAGGAAAAAACCUUACCCUUCUGCCUUGCGUUAAGUAAAAGAAAUAACAAGGUUCCUACUCUUCUUACCACCUUGGCAUUAUGAGUCUUAUUGACAUUUUCAUUGCUUUCAUAGUUACGGAUUGAAUGGAAUGCAAUUUUUGUUUUCUAGUGUAUUCUGUUCAUAUGUUUCAAUGAUUCAUGAUAAGUUGUUACCAAUGCAUAGCUCUUGUUCUUUUUAUAAAAAUUGGAGCACGGAGUGAACGUGAGCUUGGAUUGGUCGGGUUCAUUUAAUCUCGUUGCUUAUUUGCUUCCUCGACAGAGACAAAAGAAAAAGUCAUAUUUAAAGAUGAGUAGAAAGAAAGGUUCAAUUGUUAUCCAGAGAAUAGAAAAGUGCCAUAUUGGUUUUAAAGUUGAAUGGCAAUGUUAAAAAAAAAAGAGCACUAAAAGUAAUAGGAUCAAUAAAGAAAUGCUUCUUUUUUGAUAAGCAUGUGUUAACGUAAAUGAAAAAUGUUUUGACUUU